AGAUUUUCUGCUUAAGCAAAUAUAAAAACAAAAACAUGGCGUCUUAAUCGUACAAAAAUCCAAAGACACGACACAAAAUUUGAUUCUUUCGAUUCAAUUAACCCAAAAAAUGGCCUUCUCGUUAAUUUCACCGCCCUCCCGUAUUUCGAUUCUUCAGUUGCCAUAGCCACUCUGCAGUUUGUUGUUCCUCCUGAAUGCUACAGUAAUACCAAAAAAAAAUAUAUUUAUAUAUACAGAUACACACACACACACACACAUAUAUACACAUUUUUUGAGCAGUAGUGUUGUGGGGAUUGGGAAUGGCUUCAUCGCUUGUUUGUUCGUGGUUGACGGCCGCAUGCAUGUCAAUUUCUUGUGAGAAUGACUCUUCUAUUUCCAUGCUCAGCCACAGCUCGACGACGUCAUUGUCGAGUCGCCGCCGGAAAAGGGCUUUUGCGAAAUGUGCUUUGUCGGAAUUAUCCAGUAUUCGGAACCUUGUGAACUCUUGCUUAGCAUUCGAGCCUUGCAAUCGGUUUUGUAAAUCAUCUUCUAAAGAGGUUGUCUCUUCUGAAUUUUUAUUAGGAGACGGAUCCGGGAAUAUUCGUUUGCAUCACAGGCGGAAGAAAGUCCCUCGCGCCGCCCGUUCUGGUGAAGCAAUGUCCAUAGCAGUGCAACCUUCCAUGGAAGCUGCGGUGAAAAAGAAACCUCCAACCAAGCAAAGGCGAGUGGUUGUCACAGGUAUGGGUGUGGAGACGCCAAUUGGUCAUGAUCCAGAUGUGUUUUACAAUAACCUGCUUGAAGGUGUUAGUGGCAUUACUGAGAUAGAGGCGUUUGAUUGUUCUCAGUAUCCAACAAGAAUUGCUGGAGAGAUCAAGUCAUUCUUGACAGAUGGUUGGGUUGCUCCUAAACUUUCUAAAAGAAUGGACAGAUUCAUGCUUUACAUGCUGACCGCGGGAAAGAAGGCGUUGGCCAGCAGUGGAAUUACAGAGGAAGUGAUGAAUGAAUUAGAUAAAACUAGAUGUGGAGUCCUGAUUGGCUCAGCCAUGGGCGGGAUGAAGGUCUUCAAUGAUGCCAUAGAAGCAUUACGGAUAUCAUACAGGAAGAUGAAUCCAUUUUGUGUACCUUUUGCCACAACAAACAUGGGUUCGGCUAUGCUCGCCAUGGAUCUGGGAUGGAUGGGCCCAAACUAUUCAAUAUCUACUGCUUGUGCAACAAGCAACUUCUGUAUACUGAAUGCCGCUAACCAUAUUAUCAGAGGUGAAGCUAACAUGAUGCUUUGUGGUGGCUCAGAUGCAGCAAUCAUUCCAAUUGGAUUGGGUGGCUUUGUUGCAUGCAGAACACUUUCACAGAGAAAUAGUGAUCCUACAAAAGCUUCACGUCCGUGGGAUACUAACCGUGAUGGGUUUGUUAUGGGAGAAGGAGCUGGAGUAUUGCUUCUGGAAGAACUUGAACACGCGAAGAAAAGGGGGGCAAAUAUAUUUGCUGAAUUUCUUGGUGGAAGCUUCACUUGUGAUGCUCAUCACAUGACAGAGCCUCAUCCUGAAGGAACUGGCAUCAUUCUAUGCAUUGAGAAAGCUCUAGCUCAGUCAGGAGUACCCAAGGAAGAUGUGAACUAUAUAAAUGCUCAUGCAACAUCUACUCCAGCUGGUGAUCUUAAGGAGUAUCAAGCUCUUGUUCAUUGUUUUGGAGAGAAUUCAGAGUUACGAGUGAACUCCACAAAAUCUAUGAUCGGUCACCUGUUAGGAGCAGCUGGUGCUGUGGAGGCUGUUGCGACUGUGCAGGCAAUAAGAACAGGCUGGGUUCAUCCAAAUAUCAAUCUUGAAAGUCCAGACAAAGGAGUGGAUAUAAACAUGCUGGUUGGACCCAAGAAAGAAAAACUGGAUAUCAAGGUGGCAUUGUCCAAUUCAUUUGGAUUUGGUGGUCACAACUCAUCAAUCUUAUUCGCUCCAUACAAGUAGAUCAUUUUUGUGCGCUUGAGUUGGCAAAUAAUUUCUGCAGAAGUUUAUUUUGGCAUUUCACAAUGUUAAAUCUUGCGCUCAAUGAGAUGAUUGCUUGAGCCGGAAGGAAAGGUGCCUUGAAAUGAAGUGGGACGAAAACUCGGUAUUUCCUCUUGGAUUGUUGUUAUAUCUUUCUGCCUCCUCUUGACCUCAUGCAUUGUGACCAUAAGGCUUCUGCAGUGAUCUAAUAUGAUCUCUUGAAACAACUAACCCUUCAGUUUCCAGUGAGCUGUUUCUAAUGUACAAUGUACUAUAACAGUGAUUAUUCUUGUUCUCUGAUACUGAAUUUUGACAUGUAUUUUACUUUACAUGAAUUGCAUUUUAUAUCUCAACUCUCUUAUUUAAUUUGCUCAUUCAAUGAGCAUUUUCAA